CGGUACCGGUCCCUCAUCCAUCUUCUAAUUUCUGGAUAAAUAUCCCGCCGCCUCGACGAGGGCUUCACCGCCAAAGGUAGGUCGAUCGAUGCGAAAGCAAUGGAAGCUUGCGAUAUCAGGGCUCCGUACACUCUCGUAGGGUUUCUCCUCGCCGGAGACAAGACGAUCUCGUCCUCGUCCGGCGCCUGCUUCUCGUUGAGGGACUAUUUCUCGAGGGCGAUCAACUUUUUCCUGUGGAUCUCUCUCGUUUCGAUCUCGUUUCUUUUGUCGCGGAAGCUCGCGAGGCUGCUGAGGCUGUGGACUAUAGGGAGCAGGAUCCCGGGCCCACCUUCGCCGUCCUUUUUUUCCGGUCACGCUAAGCUCCUCGGAGCUCGCGGAUGUGGUCGUGAUCUCACUGGAUACUUAUCCAGGUUGCAUGAGAAUUAUGGACCCAUUGUAAGACUUUGGCUGGGUCCAACUCAGCUUCUUGUGUCGGUGAAGGAUGUUGCAGUUAUUAAGGAGAUACUCAUAAAGGCUAAGGAUAAAUAUCCAUUAACAGGGAGAGAAUUCCGUUUGGCUUUUGGUAGAUCAAAUAUCUUUGUCUCCUCUUUUGAAAAGGUACAAGAGGGAAGGAAUUAUUUAACAACAUUUAUGAAUGAAAGGCUACUUGAAAGAGUGAACACAGUUCCUUUGAAGGUUGUCGAGUGCGUCCUAGGAAGAGUCGAAUCUGCUAUGUCUAAGGGUAUUCUUGAUUGCAGAUCACUCUCUCAACAUGUAUCAUUUUACAUCCUUGGAGCCGCACUUUUUGAAGAGGCAUUUUUUAAUUGGUCUGAUGCAACUCUGUAUGAAGAGCUUCUUUUAAUGAUAUCUAAAGAUGCUUGUUAUUGGGCCUCUUAUAAAAUUCCUCCUUUCUGGAGAAGAAAAUAUUGGACAUACCAGUUUCUGUGCACAAAGUUAAGGUGCUUAACCCAAGAUAUUAUCCAGCAAUGUAGAUAUAAUAGUACUAUAACCCAAAUAAGUCAAAGCAGCUAUGAGGAGGUGAAAAGUAUUGGAAAGCUGAGUGGGAAUGGUGGGGCCACCUUAUUUGGUAAUUUAUUAUCUGGUAACAGUUCACUCAAUGAAGGGGGAAAGGGGCAUCUUGUCUCGACUGGAGAACCUUUUGGAGAUAUCUUAGGUAUGAUGUUCCACGGAUGUUCGACCAUCACUAACUUGCUUUGCAGCAUUCUGACUAGGCUUGUAUUGCAUCCAGAAUUGCAAUUGAAGAUAUUCUCGGAGAUCAAAGAAGUGCAACAAAGAACAUGCAACCAAGAUUCAUAUGAUGUUCAAAAGAUGCCUUUAUUAUUGGCCACUGUAUAUGAAUCAGCUCGUCUUUUACCACCUGGCCGCUUGCUGCAGAGAUGCUCACUGAACCAUGAUUUGCAUCUCAAAUGGAAUAUAACUGUUCCAGCAGGAGCAAUUCUGGUUGUUCCUUUAGAGCUGGUGCAGAUGGACAGCUCAAUUUGGGGUGAGGAUGCCGGCCAUUUUAACCCACAUCGCUUUGUUGUGGAUUCCAUUGACCAAGAGGGGAGGUCUCAGGAAGAUGGGAUCUUGGAGCCAUACAAAAAUGCAGCAUAUCUUCCUUUUGGCUCUGGUUCACGAGCCUGUCUUGGCAAGGAAUUUUCAGUUCUGGGAAUUUCAACAUUUUUUGCAUCGCUACUGCUCAAUUAUGAGGUGACACUUGUGCCAGGUUCUGAGAAUGAUCUAAACUCCACUGUGAAUGAUCGUUUUCAACCUGUUCCGAGCCCAAAAAUAACGUUUAUGAAAAGAAAUAGCUGACAAAAGCAAAGGAUUGGAAACAGAAAUGGAAGUGUUUUUUCUUUUACCAGCAGACCUUCCACCUUCUGUUAGGUUGCUAAUGUAAUGAAGCCCUAUAAUUAGGUUGGAUCGUUUUCCCUCCAGGUUUUUGACAGCAGGUGAGUGCUUUCUAUUGUUUUUUUUAAUUAUUUUGGAAGCACUUGAUAGCUGUUAUCUCAGAAGAGAGGAGUCUGUAUGCAUGUAAUUAUUACUUACCGUGUCUCGUUGUACUUUUCUUUUUCCUCCGAAGGAGUAUGGCGUAACCUUGUGUUUAUGUAUCAAACAGAUGAAUCCUUUACCAAUAUUAAGGUGUUGUUUAUGUACCAAACAGAUGAAUCCUUCACCAAUAUUAAGGUUACCAAUAUUAAGGUGUUGUUUAUGAACCAAACAGACGAAUCAUUUACCAAUAUUAGGGUGUUGUUUAUGUACCAUACGGAUAUGAAAAU